AACGACACCACAAGUCAUCAACCAGACUCCUGAACGAGACACAGACACAACAGAAUCUACAUCAAAAUGCCUCGUCAAUCCCGUGGUCCAGCCCCGGCACCAAAGCGUCCAGUCGCCGCUCCAGCGCGACCUGCUCCUCCGCAACAGCAGCGCCCAGCCUCAACAUCCGCAUACCCACCUCAACAACAAAAUGCCGCACCACCACCAGCCGCGCAACCACAAGCCUCUGGCGGCUCAGGACUUUUCGGCCAAAUGGCAUCCACGGCAGCCGGUGUAGCAGUCGGCUCUUCCAUCGGCCACGCAGUUGGCGGGUGGUUUAGCGGUGGAAGCUCAACACCAGCUGCUCCAGCCGAUGCUACACCAGCUCAGCAGGAACAGUACGUGCAAGCUCAGGGUGCUGUGCAAAACGCCCCAAGAGUUUGCGCGACUGAGGUCGAGGGAUUCAAGAGGUGUAUGGAUGAUAACCAGGGCAACCUCACGAUUUGCGGCUGGUAUUUGGAUCAGUUGAAGGCUUGUCAGGCCGCGAGCAGUCAGUACUAGAAAGAAGUGAUGGGAGGGGAGAUGAUGGUGGCCACGCUGGUGGCGCUGUAAAUAUAUCUGAUCACCCCCUUUACGAUGCAUUGCAUUGCGGCUUGAUAAGAAUAAAAAGAUGCAUGGGAGGCAAGGAAGAUGCUAUUAGAUGAGAUAGAAUCGCUGUAUGGAAUCGGACGUCUCUCCUCUA